AUGGGCACGAACUCCACGCUUCCCAACGGCUUGAGGUUGCAAAGAAGCUAUGGGUAUGGCAAUUUGAACAUCUCCAGCGGCCCGAGUCUAUCGUUCAACGGCACCGACGCCAUGGGAGCCAAGAUCUGGAACUUUUUCGUGAUAUACGGUCCCCGGUUACGAGCCACUGAGAUCAUGCUGCACUGGUGUGUGAACACAUACAGGGUCACGGUACAGGACAACCUUCCCGUCACACAAAAGGUCGCUUCCUAUACGAAUCCACAGACGGGAGAGGUGUUUGUGGAGACUUACAACAUGACCAGUAACGCGACGUACUUGACAUCACCAGAUAACCCGGGCAAGAAGUAUGUGGCCGACGGGAUGGGCCCUGCCGAGAUUGCUGACAUUCUCGACUCUACUCUAUCGGGAACCUAUAUUGAUGGCGGCACAUACAUGUUCCAGAACGGGACUCAAAUCUAUGGGACAGCCUUAUCGCGAGCUGCAAUCGGUAUCAAUGAGACAACCGAGUCUCAGAAGCUUGAUGAUGCCCUGUUCACGACGCUUCGCAACCUUACCGAGAACAUUGCCAGUGGUCUCACGAAUGCUCUCUUGAUCAGCAACGUCAGCGGGACUGCGUGGCAGGAGGAGAGAUUCGUCUCUAUCCGGUGGCCAUGGUUGACGCUAUUGGCGGCUCAGGUCGGGCUCUCGAUCCUGACCUUGGCCAUCAUCAUGGUGGAGACUGCCAGUCUAGACAUUGGGAUUGUCAAGGGCUCGCCCCUCCCGGCACUUCUGGCAGUGCACCCAGAUGAGAAGAGUGUGCUGCUAGGAGACCAUGUCGAGGAAAUGCUCAAUGAGGAUAGCAGGCUACCGCACCUGAGGGCGUCAGGUAUUACCGGAGGGCUGCGUAGAGAAGGAGAUGGUUGGAUUCUUCAGGGCAUCAAAAGACGUUGA